AUGAAGCUGAAGGUAAAUGUUUCCAGCUUUCAGUAUGAGAAGCUGAGUGUUCUGUUUGGUAACAGACAUGCUGUUGAUGGUCCAACUGUCUAUUUCAAGUGGCUUCGGGGUCGCGCUGUGGGGGAUUACUGGGGCACUGAAGACCGCCACCGCCCCCCAAUCACCCACCUGAUUCGUGGCCACCACGCCAUUCCGAGGAGCCUCUGGCUCGGCCGCCUCCCGCCGUCCCCGGGAAACCCUGCGGCCGCGCUCGGGCGCGCGCCCUUCAGCCGCGCGCACCCGCACACGCAUGCUCCUGGCGGUUCCACGAGCGCAGCCACCCUCACGGCUGCCGCCCACUCAGCCGCGUGGUCUCGGGGCGCGGGCUGGGGGCGGCUGAGCGGCGCCCACGGAGGCAGCUCCCGGCCCUCGGACGAGCUCUUGGAGGAUGCCAGACGUCGCGGCGGCCCGCCGGGGAAGAGCCAGGGACCCGGGAGGGGCCGCCGCUCGAGAUCGGCUGCUAAACGGUGCGACGUAAGUUCCCGGCGUUACCGGCCGGGCUUAACGGCGCAACGGCCGGCCUGGUUCCGUAUCGCCGGGGCCAGGGCGGGGCGGGACCGGCCGCCGGAGGGACCCGUUGAACUUGCCUCUGUUUCUCUGCCCUUUGUCCUUCUGCAUUGGACUUCUAUGGCCGUUCCACCUAGCCGCUCGCGCGGCUGCGCUCGCCCCCCCGCCCCCUUCCUUAGCUCCGUGGCUCGGGAUACUGGGCCCAGCGGACAGCGGAGCCCGAUUCAGGAACUGGGAGGAAUGCCUCCGGGCGGCGGCCAAACGAGGCCUCGCCGUUUCGGGCCAAAGCUGGCCCGGACCGCGGGUGUUCCGGAGGAGCUGCCCCCACUCUCUAGCGCGGCGGUGACCACUAGGGAAGGCGCGGGAAGGAUGAGAAAAUACGCCUACACCGUGACCUGUGCUGUGCAGGCCAACCGCCCUUCCAGCCCCGAAGGCUUCAAAACUGUCACGUACCAGAAUCCCAGAUGGGGUCAGAAAUGCAGAUUUCUGGGCGUCACGGAGGGCCUCGGAUGGAGUCGAUUGGGGAUGGGGCCAGGAAUCUGCAUUUCUGGUGAGAACGCCCGCUCCUCUCCCCCGGGAUUCCAGGGCCAAGAGGUCCCAGGUCGGUUCUGCCCGUCAGCUCCCCCAGGCAGUGACUGCUAUCUUGUACUCUUCUCCUGACAACUCCUAGGUUUGCGUGGGAUCAGGGUUCCACCUCACUAAAUGCGAAUCAAUCAAGUGAAUGGACUUUUCAGAAUUAAUUGUAACAAACAUGAUGCAAAAAAUAAAAAUUCCAAAAUUGUUUUGAAAAAGGUACAGAGGAAAGUAAGCAUUAUUGUUCCUAUAGCUUAUCCUUUCAAUUCUCUUUAUAAGCUAUUAGUGAAAACGGUUUUUUGGAAAUAUUUUCAGAUUUAUUUUAUGCACAUGUCAAUUUUAUACCUGUUGUCUUUGAUGAUGAUGUUGAUAUAGGUGAUUCCCAGUUGGUAGUGUGCUAUACUUGCUCUUUCACUUAUUAAUAUAGGUGGGCCUGCCUUGUUCCAUUGUACGUAUGUGUUGUAAUGAUUUUACUGUGGAAAUGUUUCAGUGAACAGCUUGUUUUUACAUUACUGUAGAUGAGUGCAAGUAUAUCUAUAGGAUAGAUUCCUAGGAAGUUGGAUUGCUGGGUCAAAGGUUUGUUUGUGCGUUCUUUGGUAGAUACUGCCAAAUCGCUCUCCUAGAGAUUGUACCCAUUUUACUCUCACCAGCAGUGUGUGUGAGUGCCCAUUUCCUCACAGCCCAUGUGUUAUCAAACAGGAGAAAAAUGGUUUCUAGUUGUAGUGUCAAUUCAUGUCUUUCAUCAUGAGGGAAAGCUGGGCAUUUUUUCACAUGGGGAAUAAUUU